UGAAUUUUUACUUUUAGGUGUUGGAUGCACUGCGGUCAUGAUUCAUUCUAGAACGUCAAUUGUCAUUUCAAACGUCAAAUCCUUCAUUUUAUUCGUUCCGUCACUUGCAAAAAGACCGAUGUUCAGGUGAAAUUUACAAUUGUAAUUCGUUUCAACUCAACUCGUUACCGUUAUUUACAACUGUGAUUGUGUGUUUUAAAAACGUUCGUUAAAGUUAUAUGCUGUAAGAAACAUUCAGAAGCGCCCCAAGAUGGGGGACUCCCUAGAAGCCUCGGAAACGGCCCACGAAACUCAAAAUGUGGCGUUAGUGGAUUUUACUGCGUUUACAAAUUUUAUUUUGAAAGCGGCUACUGUACUUUUGCCAGAAGAUGAUAGCCAAGCGGAACCGGCGAACCUCAUAGCAGCAAUAGAUGACAAAACCAAUCAGGAAUGUAUAAAAAAAUUCAUAAGCGAUCCCCAAAUUGUGAUAUUGUACGUCCAAAGGAACUCUUCAAAAGAUGACGACAAUGUCCAGCCUCCGGAAGGAGAAGAAGAAAAAGAACCAGUUACAUACUACAUUAGCAACGAAGUGCACUAUUCCAACUCGAAAAUGUCCAGCUUGGUGUGCAUCAAAAGGGGCCCGGUGAUAGAGGCCGAUAAGAGCAUUAGGGCUCAGGUUCGUUUGAUGAACUUCAGCGAGGGUUCCCCUUAUGAAAUUCUGCACGAUUACGUCAGCAGAACCGUCGCCCCUUACUUCAAAUCCUACGUAAAAGAGUCGGGCAGAGCUGACCGCGACGGUGAUAAAAUGGCGCCUGCGGUUGAAAAAACAAUCGCCGAAUUAGAAAUGGGGCUUCUGCAUUUACAACAAAAUAUCGAUAUUCCGGAAAUUACGCUUCAAGUGCAUCCGUACGUCGCCAGUCUUAUAAAGCAAUGCGCCGAUGAAGGAAGGAAGCCGAAAGUCGCCGAUUUCAGUGACAAAGUGGACGACUCGAACUUUCUCAACCAACUCCAACACGGAGUAAAUCGUUGGAUCAAAGAAAUUCAAAAAGUAACAAAAUUAGACAGAGACCCCUCUUCUGGCACGGCUCUUCAAGAAAUUAGUUUUUGGCUGAAUCUGGAAAGGGCCCUUCACCGCAUCCAGGAAAAACGCGAAAGCAUGGAGGUCGCUCUAACAUUGGACAUUCUGAAGCACGGCAAACGUUUUCACGCCACGGUGUCGUUCGAUACCGAUACCGGCCUAAAGCAAGCCAUAGCUACGGUUAACGAUUACAAUCCGCUGAUGAAGGAUUUCCCCAUUAACGAUUUGUUAGCUGCAACGGAGCUGGAGAGAAUUCGCGCGGCGGUUCAAUUGAUUUUUUCCCAUCUAAGGAAGGUCCGAUCGACCAAAUAUCCCAUUACGAGGUGCCUAAGACUAGUCGAGGCCAUUUCGAGAGACUUGGGCAUGCAGUUGUUGAAAGUACUGGGUACCCGCCGUUUAAUGCACAUUCCAUUCGACGAAUUCGAGAAAGUCAUGACCCAAUGUUUCGAAGUGUUUUCGAUUUGGGAUGACGAAUACGAGAAAUUGCAAGGUCUUCUCAGAGAUAUCAUGAAGAAGAAGCGAGACGAACACAUGAAAAUGGUCUGGCGGAUUUCGCCGCAACAUAAAAAACUCCAAAGCCGUAUGGAUCAGAUGCGCAAAUUUCGCAGGCAGCACGAACAGCUGCGCACGGUCAUAGUGCGCGUAUUGAGACCGAGUGUCAAAGAGAGCGCAGCGCCCGUCGAAGGAAGCGAUAUCGAACCUCCUAAACCGACGUUUUCCCUUGAUGCUGCAGAUGCCAACGCUAUUGAGGAAGUAAAUUUGGCUUACGAGAACGUAAAAGAAGUCGACUGUCUGGACAUUACCAAGGAAGGCCAAGACGCUUGGGAUGCCGCUGUACAGAGGUACGAAGAGCGAAUCGAUAGAGUCGAAACGAGGAUCACCGCACAUCUACGCGAUCAAUUGGGAACGGCCAAAAACGCGAACGAGAUGUUUAGGAUUUUCUCGCGUUUUAACGCCCUAUUCGUCAGACCUCACAUUAGAGGGGCUAUAAGGGAAUACCAAACGCAUCUGAUUCAAAGAGUGAAAGACGAUAUCGAAGCCCUACAUGAAAAAUUUAAAGUUCAAUAUCCGCAAAGUAACAGCGCUAAAAUUAGCAAAGUGAGAGAUUUGCCGCCUGUAGCCGGUUCUAUAGUGUGGGCCAAGCAAAUCGAUCAUCAACUAACGACAUAUUUAAGGCGUGUCGAAGAUGUGCUAGGAAAAGGAUGGGAGAACCACAUCGAAGGACAAAAACUCAAAGCCGACGGGGACAGUUUCCGUUUGAAGCUAAAUACCCAGGAAAUAUUCGAUGAUUGGGCGCGAAACGUGCAACAACGUAAUCUCGGCGUGUCCGGCAGAAUAUUUACCAUCGAAGCCGUGAGAUCGAGGAGCGGUCGCGGUAACGUUCUCAAAUUGAAAGUCAACUUUCUACCGGAGAUCAUUACGCUGGCCAAGGAAGUACGUAAUUUAAAGUGCCUGGGAUUCAGAGUACCUUUGGCUAUCGUCAAUAAGGCACACCAAGCGAAUCAACUUUAUCCGUUCGCCAUAUCGCUCAUCGAAAGCAUUCGAACAUACGAGAUGACUUUGGAAAAGAUCGAGGACAAGGCCAGCAUCAUUCCGCUCGUCGCUGGCAUGAGAAAAGAAGUCCAACUGGUCCUGGCCGAAGGAAUCCAACUGGUAUGGGAAAGCUACAAACUGGACCUCUACGUACAGCGACUCUCAGACCUAGUGGUGGGUUUCCAAGAGCGCGUCGAAGAGCUCGUAUUCGUCGGCGAGCAAUUAGAAGUCGACGUCAGAUCGUUGGAAACCUGCCCUUACUCGGCCAACACCUUCGCCGACAUCCUGUCGAAGAUCCAACACGCCGUCGACGAUCUGUCGCUGAAGCAAUUCUCGAACCUGCACAUUUGGGUGUUGCGAUUGGACGAAGAGGUCGAGAAGAACCUCGCCAGGCGGCUGCAAGCCGGCAUCGAAGCCUGGACGGAGACGCUGAGCGGCCAGAAGAAGGAAAUCGAUCACAGCAUGGACACCGACGCGCCGGCCCAGCCCACCCACAAACCCGGCGGCGAUCCGCAAAUCCAAACGAUGAUACACGAAGUGCGCAUAACCAAUCAGACAAUGUACUUGUUUCCGAGCAUCGAAGAGGCCAGGUUCCUGAUUAUGCAGCAACUGUUCGCUUGGCAGGCGAUCGUGACGUGCCAGCAACGCCUUCAAAGCAGUCGCUAUCAAGUCGGCGUGGAUAAGCCGGUCGUGGAGACUUACCGGAAUAUUUUGACUAGACUACCGGCUGGCGCGCAACCGUUGAUCAACGCUUACAGCGCUAUUUCUUCGAAAAUUAAGGAGGUUCAAAAUUAUGUAAACGAGUGGUUAACUUACCAAUCUCUGUGGGAUCUGCAAGCAGAUAAUCUUUACGGGAAACUGGGUGAAGAUAUUAGUAAAUGGAUGGAAUGUCUGAAUGACAUAAAGAAAACUCGAACUACAUUCGACACGUCGGACACCCGUCGCGAAUUCGGCCCAAUAGUCAUAGACUUCGCCAAAGUCCAGAGCAAAGUUUCCCUUAAAUACGACUCUUGGCACAAAGAAACCUUGAGCAAAUUCGGAAGUCUCUUGAGCAACGAAAUGACCUCGUUCCACGCCAACGUAUCCAAAUCCAGAUCCGAUCUGGAGUUGCAAAGCAUCGAGGCGGCCAGCACAUCCGACGCCGUCAGCUUUAUAACGUACGUCCAGCAAUUGAAACGGAACAUGAAAGCUUGGGAGAAGCAGGUGGACAUCUACAAAGAAGGCCAAAGGAUCCUGGAGCGCCAGCGAUUCCAGUUCCCGACGAACUGGUUGCACGUGGAGAACCUGGAGGGCGAAUGGGGAGCAUUCAACGAAAUCAUCAAGAGGAAGGAUUCGAGCAUCCAAACUCAAGUCGCUAGUCUUCAGCAGAAGAUCGUUUCGGAAGAUAAGGCGGUCGAAAGUCGCACGAACGAUUUCUUGGUAGAUUGGGAGAGGAGCAAGCCGGUCGAAGGCCAUCUCAGACCGGACGACGCCCUCUCUCAGCUGCAAUUAUUCGAAAGCAAAUUUUCGCGUCUCAAGGAAGAACGCGACAACGUCGCCAAAGCCAAAGAAGCUUUGGACUUGCAAGACCCGGGCGGCAUAAGUACCAGCGAAGACAAAAUGCAAGUCGUUUACGAGGAAUUGCAAGAUCUGAGAGGCGUCUGGUCCGAACUGUCCAGAAUCUGGCAGCAAAUCGACGAAACCCGAGAGAAACCUUGGCUCUCCAUCCAACCGAGGAAGCUGCGGCAACAAUUAGACCAACUCUCGACGCAACUCCGAGAAUUACCGGCCCGUCUGAGGCAAUACGCUUCGUACGAAUACGUCAAGAAGACCCUACAAACCUACACCAAAGUCAACAUGCUGAUAGUCGAAUUAAAAUCCGACGCCCUCAAGGAACGCCACUGGAAGCAGCUCAUGAAGCAACUGCGAGUCAACUGGGUGCUCUCCGAUCUAACGCUCGGCCAAGUCUGGGACGUCAAUCUCCAGAAAAACGAGGCCAUCGUCAAAGACGUCAUACUGGUAGCCCAAGGCGAAAUGGCGCUCGAAGAGUUCCUGAAGCAAGUGCGCGAAUCCUGGCAAAACUACGAACUGGACCUGAUCAACUACCAAAACAAAUGCAAACUGAUCAGAGGAUGGGACGAUCUGUUCAACAAAGUCAAAGAACACAUCAAUUCCGUCGCCGCCAUGAAGCUGUCGCCGUACUACAAGGUGUUCGAAGAGGAAGCCUCGACUUGGGAGGAAAAGUUGAAUCGCAUCAACGCGCUGUUCGACGUGUGGAUCGACGUGCAAAGGCGCUGGGUGUAUUUAGAAGGGAUAUUCUCCGGCAGCGCGGACAUCAAAACGCUCCUGCCGGUGGAAACGUCGCGUUUCCAAAGCAUCAGCUCCGACUUCUUGGGGCUGAUGAAGAAAGUGAGCAAGAGCCCGAUGGUGAUGGACAUCGUGAAUAUUCUAGGCGUGCAACGCGUAUUGGAACGACUCGCCGAUUUAUUGGGUAAAAUCCAGAAAGCGCUCGGCGAAUAUCUGGAAAGAGAACGCACGUCUUUCCCUCGAUUCUACUUCGUGGGCGACGAAGAUCUCCUGGAGAUAAUCGGCAACAGCAAAAACGUGGCGAGAUUGCAAAAGCAUUUCAAGAAAAUGUUCGCCGGCGUGGCUUCCAUAUUACUCAACGACAACAAUACUGUCAUCACCGGUAUAGCUUCGCGAGAAGGCGAAGAAGUCGUGUUCAAAUCGCCGGUUUCCACCGUAGAGCAUCCCAAGAUCAACGAGUGGCUGAGUUUGGUCGAAAAGGAAAUGCGCGUGACGCUGGCCUCGAAUCUAACGCAAGCCGUGCAGGACAUCAAGCAAUUCAAAGACGAAAUCGACUCGAAAUCCUACAUGGAAUGGGUGGACAAAUACCAAGCGCAGAUCGUGGUGUUGGCGGCCCAGAUUCUCUGGAGCGAGGACGUCGAAGCGGCGCUGGUGAAAAUGAACAGCGAACCGCAGAAGGGCGUGCUGGAAAAGGUCCUGCAACAGGUCGAGAACACCCUCAACGUGCUGGCGGAUUCCGUUUUGCAGGAGCAACCGCAGUUGAGAAGGAAGAAGCUGGAGCACUUGAUCAACGAGUUUGUGCACAAGAGAACGGUGACCAGGAGGCUCAUCGCCAACGGGGUUUGUAGUAACAAGGCGUUCGAAUGGCUGUGCGAAAUGAGGUUCUACUUCGAUCCGAGACAAACCGAAGUGCUCAAACAAUUAACGAUUCAUAUGGCGAACGCUAGGUUCUAUUACGGAUUUGAAUACUUGGGUGUGCAGGAUAGAUUAGUGCAAACUCCUCUAACUGACAGAUGUUACUUGACUAUGACUCAAGCUUUGGAAGCCCGUCUCGGAGGAUCGCCUUUCGGACCCGCCGGAACUGGUAAGACCGAAUCGGUCAAAGCGCUCGGAAACCAGCUGGGUCGUUUCGUGCUCGUGUUCAAUUGCGACGAAACGUUCGAUUUCCAAGCCAUGGGCAGGAUAUUCGUGGGUUUGUGUCAAGUGGGCGCUUGGGGUUGUUUCGACGAAUUCAACAGAUUAGAAGAAAGAAUGCUGUCGGCCGUUUCGCAGCAAAUACAAACUAUACAAGAAGCUCUGAAGUCGCAGAAGGAAGCUGCCGCCGAAGGAGUCGCCACCGGCAGUAUAAGCGUCGAACUGGUGGGAAAACAAGUAAAAGUGUCGCCCGAUAUGGCCAUCUUUAUUACGAUGAAUCCCGGCUACGCGGGUCGUUCGAAUUUGCCGGAUAAUUUGAAGAAAUUGUUCAGAUCGUUAGCCAUGACUACGCCCGACAGACAACUGAUCGCUGAAGUCAUGUUGUUCUCUCAAGGAUUCAGGCAGGCCGAGAAAUUGGCAUCGAAAAUCGUACCGUUCUUUAGAUUAUGCGACGAACAACUGUCCAAUCAAUCCCAUUACGACUUCGGUUUGAGAGCUUUGAAAUCCGUACUGAUAUCGGCGGGAAAUGUGAAAAGAGAUAGAAUCCAAAGGAUAAAAGAAGGUAUGACCCAACGAGGCGAAACUAACAUAGACGAAGCAAACAUAGCCGAGAAUUUGCCCGAACAAGAAAUAUUGAUUCAAUCGGUUUGCGAGACUAUGGUUCCCAAAUUGGUCGCUGAAGAUAUCCCGUUGCUGUUCAGCUUGUUGAACGACGUGUUUCCCAACGUGCAAUACACCAGAGCCGAAAUGGAAGGUCUUAAGGACGAAAUUAGAAAAGUGUGCACGGAAGAAUACCUCGUUUGCGGAGAAGGCGAUGAAAGGGGUUCGGCUUGGAUGGAAAAAAGAGACACAUGGCUAUCAAAGGUAUUACAAUUAUACCAAAUUUCGAACCUCAACCACGGUCUAAUGAUGGUCGGCCCGAGUGGUUCGGGCAAGAGUUCAGCAUGGCGAGUUCUGCUCAAAGCCCUCGAACGAUUCGAAGGAAUAGAAGGCGUAGCCCACGUAAUCGAUCCGAAAGCGAUCAGCAAAGAGACUUUAUACGGUGUGUUGGAUCCCAAUACCAGAGAAUGGACCGAUGGUCUGUUCACCCAUAUUCUAAGAAAAAUUAUAGACAACGUGAGAGGUGAAAUUAACAAACGCCAAUGGAUUAUCUUCGACGGUGACGUCGAUCCAGAAUGGGUGGAAAACUUGAACUCUGUUCUCGACGAUAACAAAUUGUUGACUCUUCCCAACGGAGAACGUCUAUCCCUACCGCCUAACAUUAGAGUCAUGUUUGAGGUACAAGAUCUAAAAUAUGCCACGUUAGCUACAGUGUCGCGUUGUGGUAUGGUGUGGUUCUCUGAAGACGUUUUAUCCACCGAAAUGAUAUUCGAAAAUUACAUUCUCCGAUUGAAGAACAUUCCGCUCGAAGAAAGCGAAGAGGGCUUCGGGAAGAAAUCGGACCUCAAAGACGACUUGUUGUCUCCGACCCUCCAACUGCAAGUCGACGUCGUGAAUCUACUCCAGCCGUUUUUGGGACCCGACGGUCUCGUCGUACGCUGUUUGGAGUACGCCAUGGAACAGGAACACAUAAUGGACUUCACGCGACUCAGAGCUCUCAGCUCUCUCUUCUCCAUGCUGAAUCAAGCCGUGAGAAACGUCUUGCAGUUCAAUCACAUGCAUCCCGAUUUUCCUCUCUCCAGCGAAGCCCUCGACAAAUACAUACCGAAAUGUUUGAUAUAUUCGAUCUUGUGGAGCUUCGCCGGCGAUGCCAAGCUUAAAGUUAGAUCGGAAUUGGGCGAUUUUAUCAGAUCAGUCACCACCGUACCCCUGCCUUCCGAUCGCAAUUUGCCUAUUAUCGAUUACGAAGUUACCAUCGAAGGAGAAUGGUCGCUUUGGUCGAACAAAGUGCCGCAAAUCGAGGUCGAAACUCACAAAGUCGCCACGCCCGACAUUGUGGUGCCCACGUUGGACACAGUCAGACACGAAUCGUUGUUGUACACCUGGUUGGCGGAGCACAAACCGAUAGUGUUGUGUGGUCCACCUGGUUCCGGUAAAACGAUGACAUUAUUCUCCGCAUUGAGAGCAUUACCUGACAUGGAAGUCGUCGGUUUGAACUUCUCAUCGGCUACAACUCCAGAGUUGCUGUUAAAAACCUUUGAUCAUUACUGCGAAUACAGAAAAACACCGAAUGGCGUCAUUCUAUCGCCCAUACAGUUAGGCAAAUGGCUCGUCCUCUUCUGCGACGAAAUCAACUUACCGGACAUGGACAAUUACGGCACCCAGCGCGUCAUCAUGUUCCUGCGUCAAAUAGUCGAACAAAAGGGCUUCUAUCGCGCUUCGGACCAAACCUGGGUAUCGUUGGAACGCAUUCAAUUCGUGGGCGCUUGUAAUCCCCCGACGGACCCCGGAAGGAAGCCCCUUUCUCACCGUUUCCUCAGGCACGUGCCCGUCGUUUACGUCGACUACCCGGGAGAGACGUCGCUCAAGCAAAUUUACGGCACCUUCACCAGAGCGAUGCUGCGACUGGCCCCGGGACUGAAGGGCUACGCCGAGCCGCUGACCAACUCCAUGGUGGAAUUCUACUUGUCGUCGCAGGACAGGUUCACUCAAGACAUGCAACCUCACUACGUGUAUUCCCCUCGCGAGAUGACGAGAUGGGUGAGAGGCAUAUGCGAAGCCAUCAGACCUCUGGACAAUCUGUCCGUGGAAGGUUUGGUCAGGUUGUGGGCGCACGAAGCGCUUCGACUGUUCCAAGACAGGUUAGUGGAGGACGCCGAAAGGCGAUGGACGAACGAAAACAUCGACGCCGUCGCUUUGAAGCACUUCCCGUCGGCGAAUUGCGAGAAGGCCUUGGAACGGCCCAUCCUAUACAGCAACUGGUUGUCCAAGGAUUACGUACCGGUAGGCAGGGAGCAGCUGAGAGAAUACGUCAAGGCUAGGUUGAAAGUGUUCUACGAAGAGGAACUCGACGUUCCUUUGGUGCUCUUCGAUGAGGUACUGGAUCACGUGCUCAGGAUCGACAGGAUUUUCAGGCAACCGCAAGGUCAUUUGCUCCUGAUUGGCGUGUCCGGAGCGGGGAAAACGACCCUGUCGAGGUUCGUGGCUUGGAUGAACGGAUUGUCCAUUUUCCAAAUCAAAGUUCACAACAAAUACACCGCCGAUGAUUUCGACGAAGACUUGCGAUCGGUUCUGAGAAGGAGCGGUUGCAAACACGAAAAGAUCGCCUUCAUUUUGGACGAGUCGAACAUGCUGGACUCGAGUUUCUUGGAAAGAAUGAAUACUCUUCUAGCCAACGGCGAAGUUCCCGGAUUGUUCGAAGGAGACGAAUACACCACUCUAAUGACGCAGUGCAAAGAAGGAGCUCAAAGAGAAGGAUUAAUGUUGGAUUCGAACGAUGAACUCUACAAGUGGUUCACGCAACAAGUCAUGCGAAAUUUGCACGUAGUUUUUACGAUGAAUCCUUCGACGGAUGGUUUGAAGGAUAGGGCCGCUACUUCUCCUGCUUUAUUCAACAGAUGCGUGUUGAAUUGGUUCGGAGAUUGGUCCGAUGGAGCUCUAUUCCAGGUGGGAAAAGAAUUCACGAAUCGCUUGGAUCUCGACAAACAAAGUUGGAAAUGUCCAGAUUUCUUCCCCGCUUCUUGCAACCGCAUUUCCGCGACGCCCAAUCACAGAGAGGCCGUCAUCAACGCCUGCGUUUACGUCCAUCAGACCCUUCACAAAGCCAACGGCAGAUUGACAAAGAGAGGAAGUCGCACGAUGGCCAUCACCCCUAGACACUACUUGGAUUUCAUACACCAUCUCGUCAAAUUGUACAACGAAAAACGGUCCGAUUUAGAAGAGCAACAGCUCCAUCUUAACGUCGGUUUGAACAAGAUCGCAGAAACCGUUGAACAGGUGGAAGAGAUGCAAAAGAGUUUGGCCGUAAAAUCGCAAGAAUUGCAAGCGAAAAACGACGCCGCCAACGCCAAGCUCAGGCAAAUGGUGAAAGAUCAGCAGGAGGCCGAAAAGAAGAAAGUUCAAAGUCAAGAAAUCCAACAGCAGCUCGCCCAGCAAACGGUGCACAUCAAGCAGAAAAAAUCCGAAGUAAUGGCCGAUUUGGAACAAGUAGAACCGGCCGUCAUCGAAGCUCAGCAAGCUGUGAAAUCCAUCAAGAAACAACAAUUAGUAGAAAUCCGUACCAUGUCGAAUCCUCCGGCUCUGGUAAAACUGGCGCUGGAAUCGAUUUGCUUGCUGCUAGGAGAAAACGCCAGCGAUUGGAAAUCCAUUCGAGCUGUGAUUAUGAGAGACAAUUUCAUCAACAGCGUGGUCAAUUUCAACACCGAAGAUAUCGGCGACGACGUCAGAGAAAAAAUGAAAAGCCGCUAUUUGAGCAACCCCGAUUACAACAUCGACAAAAUCUACCACGCCAGCAACGCCUGCGGUCCGCUGGUGAAGUGGGCCUGCGCCCAAGUCGAGUACGCCGACAUGCUGAAGAAGGUCGAGCCGCUGCGCGAGGAGCUCAACUCACUGGAAACGCAAGCCGAAACGAACCAGAAGCGCGGCGAAGACGUGAAAGUUCUCAUCGGCCAGCUGGAGCAAAGCAUCGCCUCCUACAAGGAGGAAUACGCGCAGCUGAUCGCCCAAGCGCAAGCCAUCAAAACCGAUUUGGAGAACGUCCAAGCCAAGGUCGAUCGAUCGAUAGCCCUUCUCAAAUCGCUCGUCAUCGAAAGGGAACGAUGGGAGGCCAGCAGCGAGACGUUCAGAUCGCAAAUGUCCACCAUCAUCGGGGACGUUCUGCUAUCGGCCGCGUUCAUCGCGUACGGAGGUUACUUCGACCAACAUUACCGUCAAAAUCUCUUCAGCACUUGGUGUCAACAUUUAACGCUAGCUAACAUCCAAUACAGGGCCGAUAUAGCUCGAACGGAGUACUUGUCGAAUCCCGACGAACGGCUCAGAUGGCAAGCCAACGCUUUGCCUUCGGACGAUCUGUGCACGGAAAACGCCAUCAUGCUGAAGAGAUUCAACAGAUACCCGCUCAUUAUCGAUCCGUCGGGCCAAGCCACCGAAUUCAUAAUGAACGAAUUCAAAGACAAGAAGAUCACCAAGACGAGCUUCUUGGACGAUUCGUUCAGGAAGAACUUGGAAUCGGCGCUGCGUUUCGGCAAUCCCCUUCUCGUCCAAGACGUCGAGAACUACGACGCCAUAUUGAACCCCGUGCUCAACCGGGAGCUGCGAAGGACCGGCGGGCGCGUGUUGAUAACGCUCGGCGACCAAGACAUCGAUUUGUCGCCGUCGUUCGUGAUAUUCCUAUCCACGCGAGACCCGACCGUGGAAUUCCCGCCGGACAUUUGCUCGAGAGUCACAUUCGUCAACUUCACGGUGACCAGGAGCUCGUUGCAGAGCCAAUGCUUGAAUCAAGUGCUCAAGGCCGAGCGGCCCGACAUCGACGCCAAGCGAUCCGAUCUGCUGAAGCUGCAGGGCGAGUUCCACCUGCGAUUGAGGCAGCUCGAGAAGUCGCUGUUGCAAGCCCUCAACGACGCCAAGGGUAAGAUUCUCGACGACGACAGCGUCAUUACGACGUUGGAAACGCUGAAGCAGGAGGCCGCCGAAAUCGGACAGAAAGUCGAAGAGACCGAUAAGGUCAUUUCGGAAAUCGAGACGGUGUCGCAGCAGUACUUGCCGUUAUCGCAGGCGUGCAGUAACACUUACUUUACUAUGGAUAGUUUGAACCAAGUGCACUUCCUCUACCAAUACUCUUUGAAGAUGUUUUUGGACGUAUUCGCUACGGUGUUGCACAAUAACGUGAAGUUAGAUGGAAUCACUGAUUAUCAAGCUAGAUUGAACGUCAUCACCAGUAAUUUGUUUUCGGUUGUUUAUGAGCGAGUAGCUAGAGGAAUGCUUCACAACGACCGCAUGACGUUCGCCAUACUACUAUGCAGAAUCCAUCUAAAAGGACGACCGACGGAACCCAAUCUAGACCAAGAGUUCAACUUCUUCCUCAGAGGCAAAGAGGGCGUCUUCAGCAGCACCAAUUCGGCCAUCGUCGACGGUUUGAACAGCGAUCAACAGGAAGCCAUCACGAGACUGUCGACCAAGCUACCGGCGUUCAAGAAACUACCGGAACAAAUCAAAGACAUGCCGGAGUUCGGCGCGUGGUUGCAGCAGAGCAGCCCCGAACAGGCGGUGCCGCAGCUGUGGAUCGAAGAGAAGCAGCUGAGCGCCGUCGGCAGGGGCAUGUACCAGAUGCUGGUGAUCCAGGCCUUUAGGCCCGAUCGCGUGAUCGCGGCGGCGCAGAACUUCGUCGCCGCCGUGCUCGGCGCCGAUUUCAUGUACCUGGCCGAGAAGGAGCUGGACUUUGCGACGUGCGUCGAAAAGGAGAUCAGAUCGAACGUGCCGGCGCUGUUGUGCUCGGUGCCCGGCUUCGACGCUUCCGGUCGCGUCGACGAUCUGGCCGCCGAGCUCAACAAGCAGAUAUCCAGCAUCGCCAUCGGUUCCGCCGAAGGUUUCAACCAGGCCGACAGGGCUAUUAACAUGGCCUGCAAAACUGGAAGAUGGGUGAUGCUUAAAAACGUCCAUCUGGCGCCUCAGUGGCUGGUGCAACUCGAAAAGAAACUUCACUCGCUUCAGCCGCACGCCAAUUUCCGGCUGUUCCUCACGAUGGAGAUAAAUCCCAAGUUGCCGUUCAACUUGCUGAGAGCGGGAAGAAUAUUCGUGUUCGAACCGCCGCCGGGUAUCCGAGCGAACUUAUUGAGAACAUUCAGCACUGUUCCGGCGAGCAGAAUGAUGAAAGCGCCCAACGAAAGAGCGAGAUUGUACUUCCUGUUAGCUUGGUUCCAUGCGAUCGUGCAGGAAAGACUGCGGUACUGUCCGUUAGGUUGGGCCAAGUACUACGAAUUCAGCGAAUCGGAUUUGCGCGUCGCCUGCGAUACUUUAGACACGUGGAUCGACGCAACGGCGAUGGGAAGGACCAAUUUGCCGCCGGAGAAAGUGCCGUGGGACGCGCUCGUCACGCUUCUCUCUCAAUCGAUCUACGGCGGUAAGAUCGACAACGAUUUCGAUCAGAGGCUGUUGCAUUCGUUCUUGAACAAAUUGUUCACGCCGAAGAGCUUCGACAGCGAUUUCGCGUUGGUGGCGAACAUAGACAAUGGGCCCGGUGGAAAUCGACACAUAACCAUGCCGGACGGUACUCGAAGGGAUCACUUCUUGAAGUGGAUCGAAAGUCUCGCCGACAGGCAAACGCCCGCUUGGUUGGGACUACCUAAUAACGCGGAAAAGGUACUUUUAACCACAAGAGGUACCGACCUCAUAGCGAAGCUACUCAAAAUGCAGCAAUUGGAAGACGACGACGAAUUGGCGUAUUCGCUCGACGACAGCUCACCGUCCGAUCCGGCCGCUCAAAUCGACGGGCGUCCGUCGUGGAUGAAAACUCUGCACAACAGCGCCGCCACCUGGGUCAAUUUGUUGCCCACGUCGUUGCAGACACUUAGAAGAACGGUCGAUAACAUCAAGGAUCCUCUGUACAGAUAUUUCGAGCGAGAAGUCAAUUCCGCGUCUAAAUUGCUGACGGACGUUUUGCACGAUCUUCACGAUGUACUUUUUAUCUGUCAAGGAGAAAAGAAACAAACGAACUACCAUCGUACGAUGUUGUCUGAAUUAGUUAGAGGAAUUAUUCCGAAGAACUGGCAUCGGUACACAAUACCCAAAGGUUGUACGGUUAUGCAAUGGAUCACCGACUUUAGUCAGCGCGUUAAGCAAUUGCAGAACGUAUCGCAAGUGGUCUCGUCUGCGGGUGCUAAAGAAUUACAGAGUUUUCCGGUUUGGUUGGGAGGACUCUUGAACCCGGAAGCUUACAUAACGGCUACGAGACAGUGCGUGGCACAAGCUAAUAGCUGGCCUCUCGAAGAACUCCACUUAGACGUGACUAUUACGGAUUCCAAUGAUAGAAAUUCCAUUCCUCACGACUGCUUCGCUGUCGUCGGAAUCAAAUUGCAAGGAGCCCAAUGCAGAAACAAUCAACUCCUCCUCACCUCGAGCAUCAUGAUCGAACUUCCCAUCACACUCUUCCGUUGGGUGAGAGUAACGGGCGAUGAGAAAUUAAAGGAAGGGAAAUUAUCUUUACCGCUUUAUUUGAAUUCAACUAGAACCGAGCUUCUGUACACUAUCGAACUUAAUAUUGCAGCAGGGCAAGACCCUCACAGCUUCUAUGAACGUGGUGUAGCUGUUUUAACUUCUACUUCUUUAAACUAAUAGCUAUAUCGUACUAUUUAUUCAAGCUUUAAAAGUGUAUCGUUCAUGUAUUUAUUGUUUACUAUUGGUGAUUACUUUAUUAUAAAAUAUAAAGCUAGUUAUAUCUAAUUUUUAUUAAUAAAUGCGUUAGGAAUAUUAAU